GCGGCUCAGAGGCCAGAGAGCUGCGGGGAUACCGUCCGGAGCUCCGUGCCACCGGCUGACAGCACCCUGCCGGGAUGAAUGACAGGAAUGUAGCCACCACACCGACAGAUUUGGAACAAAAUGAGCUGUGUGCAGACGAAACGGUGAAACUCGUCUCUUCAUUGUUGGUGUUUCCAAACCCUCUGUGCAGCCUAACAAGCCUUCAGCCAUGAUGGCCAAGUCAGCUCUCCUGAAGGUGAUCCUUCUCGGUGACGGCGGCGUGGGUAAGUCAUCGCUCAUGAACCGCUACGUCACCAACAAGUUCGACUCGCACCUCUUCCAUACCAUCGGCGUAGAGUUCCUAAACAAGGAGCUGGAGGUGGACGGCCACAGCGUCACGCUGCAGAUCUGGGACACAGCAGGUCAGGAACGCUUCCGCAGCCUGCGCACGCCUUUCUACCGUGGCUCUGACUGCUGCCUGCUCACCUUCAGCGUGGACGACGGACAGAGCUUCCGCAACCUGGCCAACUGGAAGAAGGAGUUCACCUACUAUGCUGAUGUCAAGGACCCAGACAACUUCCCCUUUGUGGUGCUGGGCAACAAACUGGAUGUUCCUGAGCGGCAGGUGUCAGGGGAGGACGCACGGCAGUGGUGCCGCGAGAAUGGUGGACACCCGUACUUUGAGACAAGUGCCAAGGAUGCUACUAAUGUAGCAUCAGCCUUCGAGGAGGCCGUACGCCGGAUUCUGGCAUUGGAUGACAGAGCUGACCACCUCAUCCACACCAACACAGUGGACUUACAGAGGAAGACUCACUCUGAACCCAACUGCUGCUGAGUGGAGAGUGUGGGCCAGCAGGAGCUCAUGUGAUGCAGCUGCAGUUGAAUCAUGAAUCACACUGUAUGCCUGUAUGUGGUGUGUGACUCUGUAGAAAGAGGAACUGGUGUCUGAUCAGCAGCUACAUGAUGCCCUUAGUUAGACUUUUGACCAGGAUCAGCGUUUGUUAAUCAGUCUUGAUAUUUUUAGACCAAAACUGAAAAUAUUUAGUGCCAAUGUUCAGCUUUUACACCACACAAGGGAGAAAAAACUCUAUUUUUAAUUUCAAAAAUCUGAUGACUUUGCAGGUUCACUUCAGUUAUAUCUGACAUUGACAUACUUGGCUGAAAAUGGCAUGAAAACUACACCAGCUUUAAAGUAGCUGCAGCUCUCUUAUCACAGAGCAUGUCAGACUGUGUUUUGAAAGGUGUAAAACCAGUUUUGACGUCACAGAUGGAGAUGUGGUUGCAAGUUUUCAACCACAAAAAGAGAAGUCCUGAGAUUAGUUUUUUCUGCUUAUAGAAUCAGAUUCAUGACUCAUAUUGAACUACAGUACAGAAAAAAAUGCUAUUCACUCUGCAGAAACUGUACAGCCAUGUUUACAGCUUAAAUAUUUUGAUUCUGUGCUGAUUGUCCUUAAACUGCACAUGAGUUUAACAACUUGCAGUCUUUUAAUACAUAAACAGCAUUUAGACAACAACUACAUGUAAGUUAUUAAUGUUUUUCUGGUGCUGGUAACAUGUUUUUUUGUUUUUUUAAAUAAAACUGGCCAAAGUUUGUCUGCUCUUUUAAGUUGAGGUAUAUAAAAUGUUGAUUUUCCAUCUAUAACUCAAACUCUUCAUGUGCACUCUAUAUGAAAGUACCACAAUUAUGAACCAUUAAAUUCAGCCACUACAUAGGUAGUAAAUGAAUGAAUGAGAGUAUCUGCUGUGUUACAGAUUACCCAUUAUUUCCAUCAACUUCAUUUAAUAAUUAAACUUUUAUUGAGAUAGAUUUUUUAAAAUCCUAUUCUGUUAUGUUAUUUAGAGUUACCCUGAGGAAAAAAAGUGCAAUUAGUGUUUUAAUUAAUUAGAUGAGAAGCAGUUGAUAUUGUUUUCCCUGUAUUUAGGUAUAUUUCUAUCACUACUCCUUUACUCACUAUGAAAAAUAGAGAACAGAUGAACUUGCAGUUGCUGAUGUAAAUGUCAAAUGACUAAUAAAAUCCCAUUGUGGGCUUUCCAACAUUUUUAACUGGAAAUAAAACAGUGGUUGACA